AUGCGGAAAGAGAAUUGCAAAGGCAAGAAGAAAUUCUUUCAAAUCAACAAAUGCGAGAAUAUCUCAGAUCAGUUUUUCAAGAAACUGAAGUUGAAGCCCUUAGUUGAAGCCAUUGCUCCACAAGAACAACCACAGCAAGUUGCUGCGCCAGAAUAUGAAGAUUUUGCAGCACUUUUUCAAGAAAUGGAACCACAGCAAGAAAAUGAAGAUUUUGCAGCACUUUUUCAAGAAAUUGAACCACAGAAAGAAAAUGAAGAUUUUGCAGCACUGUUUCAAGAAAUUGAACCACAGCAAUUUCAAGAAACUGGAGUUGCUGCACCAGAACAACAACUAGAACAAGGCUCUUCCUCUGGAAUUAACCCUUCUUAUUAUCCGCAAUCAGCCCAAGGCCUCCAAGAGUUUGGUCAGUUUCAAGAAACUGAAGUUGCUGCACCAGCACAACUAGGCAUGCCUGAACAACAAGAAGAACUUGAACAAAGUUGGAGCCUCCAAGUCUCACCUCAGUUUCACGAACCUGCAGCCCAAGAACAUGCAGUCAUGGCAGCACAGGACAUGCCUCUGCCUCAACAACCGCAACAAGUAGAACAAGGAGGCCAUGCCCCUCCUGACGUCCCCCCAAGCCACCAAAACAAGAUCACAAGGUGCAGCAAGCGUUUUGAGAAGCAGUUGGCAUAUAGCAUAAAGAACCAGGAGGUCACAGUGUAUGAUAUUGAUUGUGACGAGUACCCUAUACAUGUCACCUUUGCUCCUUCGCACCAGCAAGCUUCGUCUGUCUUCAUUUGGAAAAAAAAAGGACACGACCCACCCGCCCUGGCGCCCGGACCCGCCCAGGAAGGCCUAGAUCUUCCCAGACCGCCUAGGCGCCGCCUAGAUCCUCCCAGGCCGCCUAGGCGCCGCCUAGAUUCUCCAAGGCCGUCUAGGCCCCCCUUAACUCCCUGGUAUCGGUGUCCUCCCUCCCAGCGCCUAGGCCGAUAUUUCGAACACUGCACAAAACCUGGAACGGGCUUGCUCUGUGCCCUCACGUUCGUAGUGAUGAGUUCGAGUCCAACUCGCCAGAAUAUUUUUAAAAAAUCAAGUAUAGCCGCGCGGCUAUACUAUUUUUAA